CGGAAUUCCUAUGUACAGUUGCUCUGUGACAGAAAAUGGCGUAUCCGAGACUUGCUCCUUCCAGCUCUCUCCCUUUCCUCCUGCUCAGCCUAAUCUGCUCUUUAGUCUCAGCACAGGCAUAUGAAGACGCCACGAUCAAGACCAUGGAGGAUUUCUCUGGGUACCCACUUCACGAAAGAAACGACCCUUUUGGUGGUUCAAGCUCUCUACCUACUUCACUCUCGGUGGACGGCGAUAGCCUGCAGAGACAGAUUGAUGAGCUCUCGACCUUCUCGGAUACACCAGCUCCAUCGGUCACUAGGAUUUUGUAUUCUGACAAGGAUGUCUUGGCCCGCAGGUACAUAAAAAAUUUGAUGGGACUCUCUGGCCUCUCAGUGAGAGAAGAUGCUGUAGGCAACAUAUUCGGCCGAUGGGAUGGCUACGAGCCUGGGCUCCCAGCAGUUGCAACUGGUUCUCACAUUGAUGCCAUUCCAUACUCUGGAAAGUAUGAUGGAGUUGUUGGUGUCUUGGGUGCAAUAGAAGCUCUAAAUGUACUAAAGAGAUCAGGGUUCCGACCAAAGAGAUCACUAGAAGUUAUCUUAUUCACAUCAGAAGAACCAACAAGAUUUGGGAUCAGCUGCUUGGGAAGCCGACUGUUGGCUGGGAGCAAGGUGCUGGCUGAAGCUUUGAAGAAAACAACAGUUGAUGGUCAAAAUAUAUCAUUCGUGGAUGCUGCUAGAUAUGCUGGGUAUAUGAAGGGCGAAGAUGACUUAUCCAAUGUUUUCCUAAAUAGCGGGAACUAUUCUGCUUUCCUGGAACUACAUAUAGAACAGGGUCCUAUUCUGGAGGCAGAAGGCUUGUCCAUUGGUAUCGUAACUGCAAUUGCAGCUCCUGCAAGCAUCAAGGUUGAUUUUGAAGGCAAUGGAGGCCAUGCUGGUGCUGCCUUGAUGCCAAAUAGAAAUGAUGCUGGGCUUGCAGCUGCUGAGCUGGCACUAGCUGUUGAGAAACAUGUUUUAGAUUCUGGUUCAAUUGAUACUGUUGGUACAGUAGGUAUACUGGAGCUUCAUCCUGGAGCAAUCAACAGCAUCCCAAGCAAGUCACACCUGGAAAUUGAUACCCGGGACAUUGAUGAGAAACGAAGAAAUGAAGUGAUAGAGAAAAUUCAUCAGUCUGCAGUUGCAAUAGCCAAAAAACGUAGUGUGUCACUUACAGAAUUCAGAAUAGUGAAUCAAGAUCCACCAGCUUUAUCGGAUAAAUCUAUAGUUAAGGCUAUGGAAGAUACCUCGAAGGAGCUCAACUUACCUCACAAGUUGAUGAUAAGCAGAGCUUAUCAUGAUUCCCUGUUUAUGGCCAGGAUAUCUCCAAUGGGCAUGCUAUUCAUUCCAUGCUUCAAAGGAUACAGCCACAAACCUGAAGAAUAUGCUGCUAGUCAGGAUAUAGCCAACGGAGUCAAAGUACUUGCCCUCACACUCGCCAAGCUGUCACUAGAUUGAUGCACUUCCCGGGCCCUCGUUGUAAAAUGCUGCACUUAACAAUUCAAGACAGCGCGGUUGAUGUCGGAGGAAUGUAUGUGCCAUGAAUUUCAAUAAAGGAUUAGAUUUUAACCCCAUUGUUAUCCCACUCUUACCAUGUUAUGUUCAUAGUUCCUGAACCUUGACAUUUACUUCUAAAGACUAAUCACAAGAAAGUACUUGCCUCUCAAAGCUUAAUGUCAAAGUUAAAUAUUCAUGAAAGCAAAGACAUUUCAGUAAAGCAAAAGUACUUCC